AUGGUCCUAUUUAAUCAGAACAACACAGUAGAAUCGAUCCCUCUCUGUCUAAACUGCACUCACCAGACACCGACCAACAGUAUCUCCAAAACCAUCAUCAUCGGAGUUAUCUUUGGGGUUUUCAUCACCUUUGGUGUUCUUGGAAACAUCUUGGUCAUACUUUCAGUUGCCUGCCACCGGCACCUACAAACCGUGACCCAUUAUUUCAUCGUCAACCUUGCUGUAGCAGACCUACUCUUGAUGUCCAUGGUGCUUCCAUUCUCUGCCACUUUUGAGAUCCAAGGCUACUGGCUGUUCGGACGUAUUUUCUGCAACAUCUGGGCAGCCGUUGAUGUCCUUUGUUGUACAGCUUCCAUAAUGAGCUUAUGUGUCAUCUCCAUUGACCGCUACAUAGGGGUUAGCUAUCCAUUGAGAUACCCCAGCAUUAUGACCGAAAGAAGAGGUCUUCUCGCUCUACUCUCUGUGUGUGGGUCUUAUCCCUUGUGA